AUGUCACCGUGGGGAGUCGCCUUCGCCCUGCUGGCCGCGCUUGUCCUGCUGGGACUGAUGACCCUGUGGCUAUGGCGCCCAAGGAGGUGCGCCGUCGGAGCCAGAACCCUGCCCGAAGCCCAGGGCCAAGACGACACGGAGGUGGAAGACGGAGACAUAGUGGACCACAUGAGCAACCGGCGGGAGCCGCUGCCCGGCGGGUGCCGUCUCAUCUGUAAGCCGUCGGCGCUGGCCCAGUGUUUGCUGCGCGCUUUGCGACGCUCCGCUGCGCUGGAGACGGGCCCGCGCUCCUGGCUCUCUGGGCCCCACUUGCAGACCCUCUGCCACUUCGUCUUGCCAGUGGGACCCGGCCCUGAGCUGGCCCGGGAGUACCUGCAGUUGACGGACGACGGGCUGGUGGCCCUGGACUGGGUCGUGGGACCUUGUGCCCGAGGCCGCCGGGUCACCAACGCCGGAGGCCUUCCGGCAGUGUUGCUGGUGAUCCCCAAUGCGUGGGGGCACCUCACCCGCAACGUGCUCGGCCUCUGCCUGCUGGCCCUGGAGCGUGGCUACUACCCAGUCAUCUUCCACCGCCGCGGCCACCACGGCUGCCCGCUUGUCAGCCCCCGGCUACAGCCUUUUGGGGACCCGUCUGACCUCAAGGAGGCGGUCACUUACAUCCGCUUCAGACAUCCCACGGCGCCGCUGUUCGCGGUGAGCGAAGGCUCAGGCUCGGCACUGCUGCUCUCCUACCUGGGCGAGUGCGGCUCCUCGAGCUACGUGACCGGCGCCGCCUGCAUCUCGCCGGUGCUUCGUUGCCGCGAGUGGUUCGAAGCCGGUCUGCCCUGGGCCUACGAACGGGGCUUUCUGCUCCAGCAGAAGAUCGCUCUCAGCAGAUACACCACCGCCUUGGAGGACACAGUGGACAUGGAUAAACUAUUCAAGAGCCGCUCCCUACGAGAGUUUGAGGAGACCCUCUUCUGUCACACUAAGAAUUUCCCCAUCAGCUGGGACACCUACUGGGACCACAAUGACCCCCUCCGGGAUGUGGACGAAGCGGCUGUGCCUGUGCUGUGUAUUUGCAGCGCUGAUGACCCUGUGUGCGGGCCCCCAGACCACACUCUGCCCACUGAGCUUUUUCACAGCAACCCCUACUUCUUCCUCCUGCUCAGUCGCCACGGAGGCCACUGUGGCUUCCUUCGCCAGGAGCCCAUGCCAGCCUGGAGCCACGAGGUCAUCUUGGAGUACUUCCGAGACUUGACUGAAUUCUUCCGAGCUGAAGAGAGGAUGAAAGGCCUAAGCAGGCGCAGAGCUUCGUUCCUAGGGGGCCGUCGUCGCUGGGGAAGCCUGCAGAAGCGGGAGGUCUCUCCCUCUUCCAAUCUGGAGAUCUUUAGCUGGAAGCGAUCCUAUACAAGAUGA